CGUCAGUGUCGCUUUUAAUGCGAUUGGUCGAGUCUGUCGGCGGCGUUUGAUUCUUUCAAGAUGGCCGAGGUUGUAGAACUCCAUAAGCUGAAGCUGGCCGAGCUGAAGCAGGAAUGUGCUGCCCGCGGUCUGGAGGUGAAGGGAAACAAGGGGGACCUGAUCGCAAGGUUGCAGGCUUAUCUGGAGGAGCAUGGAGAUGAUGAGGAGGUGAAUGAGGAAGAGGUGCUUGCUGAAGAGCCUGAGGAGUUGCCAAAAGAGGAAGAGCCCAUCAUUCCGAAACAACCAGUACAAUCCCCGGCACCCCAACCUGCACCGGUGCCUGAGAAGAAGCUGGUCAAAAUCACCCCACCGAGCUCUCUCAACGAGCGGAUGCAGAAGAGAGCUGAGCGUUUCAAUAUGCCCGCAUCUACUGAUGCUAAGAAGGUGAUCCGUGCUGCCAGGUUUGGCAUACCGGUUUCUGAAUCCAGUUCCACACAGGGUUCUUCUGCAAGUGGCAAACCAGGGGUCAGUGUGGAAAUUUUGAAGAAGAGAGCUCAAAGGUUUGGCAUGAACGUGUCGUCCGUUUCCAAGAAGGUUGAAGAAGAUGAGAAGCUGAAGAAGAGGAAGGAACGAUUCGGAAUUCUCACUGGAGCUGCUGCCGUUGGGGAAGACGCAGAGGCAAAGAAGAGGAAGCGAGCGGAGCGCUUUGGGAAUGUGUAGCGCUGCAUCUCCUUGGUUUUUUUUAUGCCCUUCGGCUUUGUUCUUAAUGCUUUUGCUUUUGUACUGUAAACACAUUCUCAUGGAAGAACAAUCCAGGGAGACUCAACGAGCGGAGUUUUACUCUGACAGUGAACCACAUGUCACAAUUUGUAAAUUAAAGGAAGGUUUUCAUAAA